CUGGUCCCGUCCCCGCCCCCGCCCCGCGGCCGCUCUCCCUUGCAGUCGCCUCCCUGCUCCUCCUACAGGGGGAGCCGGAGAGCGGGAGGGGAACGGGGCUGGGGCUGGGGCGGGGAGUCGCCGGUUGCUGGGCAGCCCGGAGGCAAUCGGGAACAAGUCAGCCCGCUUCGGCGUCCGCCGCAUCGUCAGGGGCCUGGCCGCCCGCCUGAGUGGGAGUCGCGUCGGAGCCUCUUCCGGGCCGGGACGUAGCGGCGGGAUUUCUCCAGGCCUGCGCCUUCGAAGUGCCUAGCGGAGAUAACUGGAGACCAGGUGCGCGCCCCGGGGCCGGGCCCGCAACUGACUGGCCGCCCGAGGUGCGUGAUGGGGACCCUGUCUCCGCGCCGCUGCCGGCCUUCACUACUGUGGAGCCCGGCAGGCCCCUUCCCUGGGCCUUUUCAUUGAUUCUCUGGGGCCUCAAUGACUGGGAGGCGGUGUGGGCAGGUGACUGCCUCUCCCGGUGGUGGAACUGGAAUGGACAAACAUCAAUCUGGAAUUCAGAGUUUGAAACUGGAUGAUUCAAUUAUAGAAGGAGUAAGUGACCAAGUCCUUGUGGCAGUUGUGAUCAGUUUCGCUUUCAUUGCUACAGUGAUAUAUAUACUUUUAAGAAAUGCAGAGCAAAAUAUUCAUCCUGAUAACCAAGAGCUAGUGCGGGUGCUUCGGGAACAACUUCAGACAGAUCAGCAGGAUGCACCUGCUGUUGUUCGGCAGCAGUUCUACACUGAUAUGUCCUGUCCAAUCUGUUUACAUCAGGCUUCUCUUCCUAUUGAAACAAACUGUGGACAUCUUUUCUGUGGUACCUGCAUUAUUGCAUAUUGGCGAUAUGGUUCAUGGCUUGGGGCCAUUAGUUGUCCAAUCUGUAGACAAACGGUGACCUUACUCUUACCAGUAUUUGGUGAAGAUAAUCAGACUCAGGAUGUCUCAGAAUUGCAUCAAGAUAUUUAUGACUAUAAUCGAAGAUUCUCAGGACAACCCAGAUCAAUUGUGGAAAGAAUUAUGGAUCUGCCCACUUUACUGAGACAUGCAUUCAGGGAAAUGUUUUCAGUUGGGGGCCUUUUCUGGAUGUUCCGCAUCAGGAUAUUACUUUGUUUACUGGGAGCUUUUUUCUAUCUGAUAUCACCUUUGGAUUUUGUUCCUGAAGCCUUGUUUGGAAUUCUAGGAUUUCUAGAUGAUUUCUUUGUCAUCUUUUUAUUGCUUAUAUACAUCUCCAUCAUGUAUCGAGAAGUGCUAACACAAAGGCUAAACAGAUGAAAUAAAUGAAUGUUGCUUGAGCUUAUGUGGAAAACCAUUCAAGGGAACCAUAACAAAACACUUGAAUAUCAUUUUGCAGGUUCAAAAACAUCUUAGGAAAUUUUGCUAACUGGAACUGUAUCAGUACAUUAGAGGAUGUAAUACUGAAGCUAGAUUUAAUACCACCUGUCUGUUCAAUAACUAGCUAUAUAAAAUAAGAUCUUCUGAAAAAGUCAUUCUAUGAGGGGAUUAAAGGAAAGGGACUAUUUUAUAUCUUGAAUUUACCUAUCCCUUAAAAUGAGAAAGUUAUUAAAUAUGCAAUUCAUCUACUACCUUCCUAUACGAAGUAUAAAUAUUACAAUGGAUAAUUUUCUUGUUAUAGUAUAAUGUUACAUAAAACUUUAAAAGUCAAUAUCUUUUAGAAUUUACUAUGUUUUGUGUAUUUGAAACAGAAUUUUGAUUUUCCAUUCCAGCAUAACUGUUUUAUCAGCUAAGGCUAAAAGAACUUUAACCUUGCACAGGAUUCAUUUAGUUCAUACAUUAGCCUACAUAAAAGUUUUUUUUAAAUUCCAAAUUUCAUAGCCUGGUACAAUGUCUUACAAAUAGUAAGCACUCAAUAAAUGUUUGUUGAUUGAACAAAACAUAUACAUUUGUUCUCAACCAAAACACUUAGUAUUAAUAAUUGUAAUACUUAAAUCAAUAGCUUGAUCUUUUCAAAAGGUAAUCACAUAAUAGUGAUUUGAAAAGAGGAAAACUGAAUCCAGGAAGCUGAAUGAAAUGGCUAAAUCAUAGUAGUUGGGUAAAUCUAAUAGGAAUAAAGCCAACUCUCAUGAAUUGACUACAGAACUUGUAGCUGAAUCAUAAACACUAAUUAACCAUUACCAGAAGAGAACUUGCUGCUUCAUUCAGUUCAAGCCUGGGAUACAUUGGUGGGAUGACAGAGUGAGUGAGAAAAAUAUUUAUCUUCCUGGGGGCUGACAUGUGCUCUUAAAAUUCCUCAAUUGACUUAACCUGGCAUGGUUCUUUAAUGAGCUUUGUUAUAACAGUAUGAAGUGACAGCUAGUUCCUAGUGUACCAGUAAUUACAGAUACUGAAAACUAUUAGCCUUAUUGGUGAACAUUUAUUGAGCCCCUACUGUGUAUAAUACUGUUCUUGGCAUCAAGAGGGAAACAGUCAGAAAAUCCUAUUUCUCAUUUUAAUGCCCAUUUGUAAUUAAUUAAGAUACGGACGUCAACUUGGUACUGACUCUAAAAUGUCAAUAACGAUGGCCUGUUUCAGUUUUUUUGUGUUGGAGGGCAAUAACUGACUGUCAGUGUCUAAGGCUGAACAAAAUAGAUAUCAAAGGCGACAUCUUGUACCAUAUUUUGUUUAAGUAGGAAGGACUUGAGGAUUUAUCAUUUGGAGCAAAAGGAUGGGAAUAUAUCUCUGGAAGUGUUUUAACAUGGUUUUCAUUUCUAUGGGAUAAUUUAGGUAUUUCUCUACCAGAAAUUGGACUAGGUACUUUCUCACUAUUCAUAAAAACAACCUUAAUUCCUAUAGUGACUUAUCAGAAAGGGGAUGAAAAGUAGCUAUGAGAAUUUUUGCCAUACCUACAUUUACUAAACUGAGGGAUUCUGGAGUCCUUCAAAUCAAGAAUAAAUCUUAUUUAGGGCACAAAAUUGAAUUAUCCUAUGAAAGAAGGAAAUUUUCAGUAUGUAUAUCCUGCCUACACUACCCACCAUUACAAUUCUGAUAAACAUUGAUUUUAUUUUAAUAUUCUGGGUAAAGGUAUAUCACGAUUUGUUAGCAUUUUAAACAUUGUAAUAUUUGAAACCACAUCAAGUUUAAGGAUACUUUAAAAUUUAUGUCCCUCUUAUAUUUAUUGCGUUCAAUUCUGGUGAUGAAUGUAAAGCGAUUUUGAAUUUAAUGUAUUUAAACCUCCAACCAAGUUAAGUACUUCACUUUUCAAUCAGUGUUUGAAAUCAGUAUAACUUCCAUGAUUCAGGGUAAAAAAAAAAUCACACAAAUCAAAGUGAUGUCACAGAGUGCCCCCAGUAGUACAUAAACUCUGCCCAUUGGUCAGAUAUCACAACUACCACAAUUUCCGGCUUUUCAGUGGUGAAUCUUCAUUGCUGCAACAAAAAAACAAAAGUGACUUAGAUCACUUAUGACUAUGUGGAUAUCUACCUCACAGUGUUGUUAUGGAAAAAUUAUACUUGAGUUUAAGCUUUGAAUUUACAUGUGCAAGUAAUUUGCUCUUUCAAAUAAAAACAGCAUAUCUCAAAUGUUUGUUUUGCUAUUACUUCUGCAAUGUAUGUGCUCAGAAAUUUUCAAGACAGACAUGGAAUGAUACCAUGAAUUGGUAUUCAAUGUAAUUAUUGUUCCUGCUUCAUUUAUUACUAACGUGUAUGUUAAGUAUCUCAUUCCAUUUAUAAUUUACUAUAUUAAGUUUUGCUAUAUGCCAAAAAGUUUGAAAAAAUAAGUGUGUAUUAUCCCUUACUAAUUGGUUCUACAUUCAUACGUUUUUAUAUAUUUUAUCCCCCACCCCCACCCCUGCUUUGAAAACUGCUGUCUUCCUUACUGUAGAUCAUGUGUGAAUUUUGAAGAAAAACAAGCCAGCAUUCAUGCUUAGUCAUGGCUCCAAAAUCAAAUGUGCAAAAGCUUAAGUGCUUUUUCAUUUCUUAUUUGUACUUAUAUUUAUCACCUUUAAUAAAACAAACUAGCAGACAUGCCAAGUACAGUAUAACCACCAUGAUAUUCUAAUACUGGACCUUUGUCCAUUUAACUUGUUCUUUUUCUUCCUCCUCUAGGAAAAUGAGUGUCUCUCAUGGCUCUGUUUUAGCCCUUUUUUAACUUCUAAAUUUUCACUGAAUUUCUGAAAAUUAUUUGUCUUGAAUGUUUUGUUUUUUUAUUUGCAUAUAUCUUUUUGUUUCCUAAAAUACUAAAUACGCAGGUCCUUAUGAUGUUUAUUCAGAAUAAGACUAAAUUUCAAGAAAAGAAAAUUCCUUGCCUUUAGUUCAUUUUUUUGUUGAUCAGAAUUAAGCCUCUUGGGGCAGCUAGAUGGCGCAGUGGUUAAAGCGCUGGCCCUGGAUUCAGGAGUACCUGAGUUCAAAUCCGGCCCUCAGACACUUGACACCUACUAGCUGUGUGACCCUGGGCAAGUCACUUAACCCCCACUGCCCUGCCCCCCCCCCCAAAAAAAAGAAUUAAGCCUCUUUCCCAAACAGGUCAACAAAAUAUACAUUCUUCUACUCACACCAUCCUUAACUUGUUCUGCCAAAAAGGCAGGACUGGGACAGAAUGGCAUAUCUCUCUGAAGAUCACCCAAUAUUAGCACCACCCUCCCACCCCUAGCGAUGAUGUUUAGCUUGCGAACUGUUCUACAAAUAAGAUUUAGCGAUUUUUUAAAAAAUAAGAUAGAAAAAAGAGAACCACCAAUUAAUUGAAGGCAAUAUGACAUCCUACAUCUUAAAUUAUUUUUACUUUUAAAAACAGGUAUUUAAAAAUGGCCUCACGUCCAUCCCAUAAUAGGAAUUCUUUGUUCAAGCAGUAAUUUUCUAUGUAUUGACUAAUUAAUUAUCUGGCUCUGAUCAAUAAAAACAGCUUGUUUUUCCA